GAAGGGGCGCUGGGGCUAUGCGGAUACCGCAAUGGCUACGAGUGGCAGUCAUUCCUUUCUGCUUGUUGCUGGGUCCAUACGGUUACAAGGAUACACAAUUUAUAAAGACAGACAAUGAUUUUCGGCUCCUCAUACAGAGAUUUUACCAGUUACAAGAGGAACGUGUGGAGACGUAUCGUCUCUUUGAUGAAGGGCACCAGGCUUAUCUGAAAUCCGGCCCACACUAUGACUUCAUCCAUUACCGGCAAUUGGUUUAUGAGAUUACACAGGCUUUCAAUGGCAUCAGCAAAGAGCUUAUCCAGAUGAAGGAUCGCUUCAGGGAACUGUAUGAUCGAUCUGAUCUUUCUGAACACCUAGAAAAAAUCCAAGAACUUGAGAAAGAGAAAUUAGAAUUGACUGCAAGAUUACAGCUAGCUAAGCAGAAUGCCCAGGAACAUCCUAAUGAUGAAUCCCAUCAAGAUGAGGUUCAACUUCUGAAACACAAGAUAAUUAAAAGCGUGGAAGCAAUCAGUGAAGUACUGCAGGAUUUCAAGUAUGAUUGUGAAGAAAUAAAAUGACGUCUACCCCUUUGGAAGCCACAGAGUGGAAAGCGGAGCCUAGGCUGGACCACUUAUUUGGAUCUGCACUGUAGCAGACCCAGCUCUGUUUCAUCUGCUGCCCUCUUGGGUGACAUAUUGGCUCUUUAUCAGUAGGUGUUGCUUACCAGACAUGGCAGGGAUACAUCUUCUUGCACUGCAAUCUCUCCAAGUGAAUUUUAGACAUAAGGUUUGUUUCUUUCUAAUGGUUUUUGUUGGAUUUGUAAAAUAUGCCUUAUGAUCUGUUUCCAGUUGCACUUUUUUUUUCCGCUAUUGUUCCACGUCAUUUGAGGCUGUACCAAAGUUAUUCCCCUGUGUAAAUAAAAAGAUUUUUGACAAUUCUUUGAUUGU